GUAUUCUAGAACCCGGAUUGUAAAUGUCAGCCGCUGUUUUACUUCCGUUUAUUACAACCUAAAGUUGUUUGUCAUUCUUUGCUCACUUUUCGACUCCACAAUUGAGAAUCGAGGGCAAUGUUAGCUACUUAACUAAACUCGCGACUUCCAGUAGUGUGAUAUUUGGUUUUGACAGGAUGUCUCGCUGCGUCGCGUUACAGACGCAUCUGGCGUCCGUGAUUGAGGCUCUAGUUCACGCCGCGAUCGCUGAAAUGUGCAAACUUACGGAUGUGGAGGCUCUGUCGGGUCUCACAAGCGAUGCUUCAAAAGAUCAGCGUAAAUACACAGAGACCGAGGCGAGAAUGAAGACGGAAAAGGAGGAGAAAAUGAAGCGGUUUGCAUCUGUUAUGGAAGUAUUGGGCAAUGAAGCUCUAGGGAAAAUAAUAAAGCUCGUGGAUGAAUCCAAAUUACUGUUGAAUCUGGAGUGCAAAACGUUUUCAGGCAAAAGGGCAAAGCGGCCAGGCUGCAUCUUGAACAUUCUGUCUGCUGGUGGACUGGAAGAGGAACAUUCUUAUGAUGGAAGCGCAAGAAGCCUGGAAAUGAAAACUGAUCAUGAGUCUGUUGCGGUCACAGAGGACCGUCCAGAAUCACCAGUGGUUUUGGCAGUGACGAUCAGAGAUGAAUUUGGAAAAGUUGAUUUGAAGUCCAUCACUGCUGGUCACUUAAGCAAUACUUCAGAAGAUGGAGUAGCAUCUGUUUUGCCAGAAGACGGCAGUGAACUCCCACAAGAAGCUGUUGCUUUAUUUGGAAAGAGAUCCUUUAUUUGUUGCGACUGUGGAAAGAGCUUCUCUUCUCAUAGCAACCUCAAAUCCCACCAGCGCAUUCACACCGGAGAAAAGCCCUUCGGCUGUGGCCUCUGCGGCAAGGCUUUCGCUCACAAACAAAGUCUCUCCGAUCACCAACGAGUCCACUCAGGAGAAAAGCCGUUUGUUUGUAAAAUCUGCGACAAAUCCUUUGGUAAAGCGGCGCAUCUGAAAACCCACGAAAUCAUCCACACCGGCGAAAAACCUUUUGCCUGCAACGUCUGCGGAAAGAGAUUCAACAUCGCUCAAAAUCUGUCCAGACACCAACUCACACACACCGGCGAAAAGGAGUUCAAAUGUUCAGUGUGUCAGAAAAGCUUCACACGGGCCGUAACGCUCAAAACGCAUCAGCUCAUCCACACAGGACAGAAACCGUACUCCUGCGUGUCUUGCGGGAAGGCUUUCCGUCACGCGGUUAACCUGAGAAACCACGAGCGCAUCCACACAGGCCUGCGACCGUUCAGUUGUGACUUGUGCGGCAAGACUUUCCGCCAGGCUGUCAAUCUGAAAAUCCACAAACGAAUUCACACGGGGGAAAAGCCUUUCAGCUGUAAGGAGUGCGGGAAGAGCUUCAGUCAGCAGAGCAGUCUCAUUACACACAGCCGCACUCACUCCGGAGAAAAACCCUUUGGCUGCAAUUACUGCGAUAAGUGGUUUAACAAUUCAAACAGCCUGAAGCUGCACCAGAGAGUGCACACCGGCGAGAAACCUUACUACUGUGAGCAAUGCGACAAGUAUUUCAGUCAGGGAAGUCACCUGCGUACUCACAAACGCCACAUUCAUGGAGGAGGGAAGCAGUACAUAUGCGAUAAAUGUGGGAAGAGGUAUGCGGAUCCUCGAAACCUUAAACUGCAUAAAUGCUUUUAUGCUUAAUCAUGGUGUGGAGGACAUUCGUCACUGUAGUAGAAUUCUGAGCACAUUUCUUUCUGUGAAAUAAACCAUAUGGUGGAUGAAAGAG